CACUCUUUAAAUUUAGAAUACAUUGUCAGAUUCACUUCAAUUGAAGCCAUCAAUAGCAAUACUAAUAACAAUAACAAUGGCUACACCACCCUCAUCCGUUACCGUUGUAGAGGUCCUCCACAAUGUCGCCCUUCCCGAGAAUCUGACCUUUCCUGCAGCGGAAUCUGUUACUGCCGUACACGUCGAGAACGUUCCAUUCCCUCCCGCCGUCAAGCCUCCCUCCUCCGCCAACACCCACUUCCUGGGCGGCGCCGGCGUCAGAGGCCUCCAAAUUCAAGACAAUUUCGUUAAAUUCACUGCCAUCGGAGUUUACCUCCAACACGACGCCCUUUCCUUCCUCGCCGAUAAGUGGACUGCCAAAUCCGCUCACGAGUUGACGGAAUCCGUCGAAUUCUUCAGAGAUAUCGUUACAGGUCCAUUUGAGAAAUUUGCUAGGGUGACUAUGAUCUUACCCUUGACGGGGCAGCAAUACGCGGACAAAGUGUCUGAAAAUUGUGUUGCCAUUUGGAAGUCUCUUGGGAUUUACACUGAUGCAGAAGCCAAAGCAAUGGAGCAAUUUGUUACUGCUUUCAAAGAUGAAACAUUCCCACCUGGCUCCUCUAUCCUUUUCACAGUCUUCCCCAAAGGAUCCCUAGCGAUAAGUUUCUCAAAAGAUGGAUCCAUUCCGGAAGUUGGGAGUACCAUUAUUGAGAAUAAAUUGCUUUCAGAGGCUGUGCUGGAGUCAAUGAUAGGUAAGCAUGGCGUUUCCCCUCAAGCAAAACAGAGUUUGGCCACCAGAUUAGCUGAGCUAUUCAAACCCAACACUGAUUCUAUCACCAAAUGAAGAUGAAAAUCCUUUACCACUUGUUCUCUUUUCGUGUGCUGCUACUAAAUAAUGGGGAAACUUCACGUCUUACUGUAAUUUUGUCAUAAUAUUGUUGUUAUUGUGGCUGUUUUAAGAACCCAACUCUGUAUUUGGUUUCUGUUUCGGAAGCAACUACCCCAGUACUUAUCUGUUUGAGGAUUUGUCCUAACCAAAAUCAAACACACUCCAUUAAGUAUCAACGAUGCAUGCUUGGUCAUUUUUAUGGGACUUGUUUUCAUUUUCA